UCCUCUCUAUGGUCUAUGUUCCUUCUGCCCUCCAUUCGUCUCUUUGGUUACUACGUGGUCCAUCUAUCCGACACGUUUCCACUCUAUGCCUUUCAUCGUCUUCAGGUGCUGAAUGUUUCUAGUCCUCUCCAUGGGAUCCCACCCAUCACAAGCAGUGAGAAGUUCCAGAGCAACACCUCAAUGCACUGCACUGGAUGCUGUCUGUCUGAACAGAGCCAUUAUUUUCAGUCACCUGACUGGCACAACAGACAGCACCAAGAUGGCUGGAAACAAAAGCGUGGAAAACAUCUACUUUCUAGCUUGCUCCCUCACUACACCAUUCUUCAUUCCUUAACUUGGGGUACACUGGCUAUAUUUGCUUUGCAGUUGACAUGGCAGAUCCCAUGGCUGAGUUCUGUGCCAGUGGUAGGGAGAGAAAACAAACCACCCUGGCUGGAUAGUUUUUACUCUUCAUUGCUAUGCCAUCAGCACUCAGUGCUGGCUGCAGCUCCAGCUAACUGUCCCAGUGGCCAGAAGGGGCCAUGCUUCCUGCUGGCAAUGAUACCAGACAUAGCACCAGAGAGUCCAUCACCUGGCAUCCCUUUGGGGCAAGAAGUGGAUUGUUGCUGCUCAGAAAUGGGGGACCUCUCAUUCCCAGAUUGUUCCAGCUUCAGGCCAGCCCACUCCAGCAAACAGGUUAAGACAGCACAGCAAGAGUGCCUGAAAGAAGCUGUUUCCCAGUUGCAGCAAGUUUUCCAGGCCAACACUUCUACUGCACUCAAUAUCCUAGGGAUCAGAAGCAUAAAGGCUGGACACUACAGAGCAGCCUAUAUCUGCUUCAAGUUAGCAGCGGAUCAGGGCUACAACAAAGCCCAGUUCAACGUAGGUCUGUGUUACGAGCAUGGCAGAGGCACAAAGACUGCCCUGGGAAAGGCAGCUCUCUAUUACCGUCAUGCAGCCAGGAGUGGGCACCUCAAAGCCCAAUACCGCUAUGCCAGGUGCCUCUUACAUUAUGGGUCCAAAGCAGAAAAAGCAGACCUGCAAAAAGCAAGGACUCUUCUGGAGCAGGCAGCAGCAGCAGGGCUAAUGGAGGCACAGGCCUACCUUGGGGUACUCUACAUGAAGGGGAUGUUUCCUGCAAAGCAGAAGGCUCUGAAGUAUCUGUGGCUGGCAGCCAAGAAUGGGGAUUCCCAAAGCAGGUACCAUGUUGGUGUUUGCUAUGAAGAGGGCCUUGGAGUCCAAAAGAACUUGGCAGAAGCAGUGAAUAAUUACCAGCAAUCAGCUGCUGCAGGAAACAGGCUUGCUUGGGGGAGAGUGCAAGCCCUAGAGCAACAGUAUGCAGCCUCUGGAACCAACUGCCUAGCACCUUAUCCAAGGAUAAGAACAGUCUCCUCCAGCCCCAGCCUUUUGGUCCAUGAGCAAACUGCCCCAAAGCCUCAAGCCUCUCAAGCAGAUCGUCCUGGUCUAACUCUGUCCCACUCCUGGAGCACAGGCAGUUGUGGUGCAGCCACCAUAAGAAACCUGAGAUGAAGGCCUGCUCCGGAACACAAGAUGAAUACACUAGAUUCCUGUCACCUUGAGAAACACUCUUGGCUCUAAUCUCGGGAGAUUGUCAGGAAAAAAUCCCCUCCUUUAUGUAAGGUGUAUAAAGAGAAUAACAUUGCCCUUCUGCAGUGCCUCAGCUCUGGCAGAAGUACAGAGGAGCAGGGCAGUGCAGAGCAAGUAUAAUGAUAGAAAUGGAAAGAGGUGGAGACAUUGUGUAGAGAGGGAGAGCAGUUAGGAAAAAAAUUCUCUAUUGGAAUAGAAAUGAUCUAUAAAUAUAGCUGCUUCUAAAAUGGAGUUUCUUUGUGUGCUCUACACUCCCUUAUUGGCUUCAUGCUUCCCUGUCUACUCCCAGAAACGUGUUCUUUGCUGUUAUCCAUCCAAGCCCCAAACCUGACCAACUGCUCUUGUCCACCUGUGACCUAGCUUUAUUAUACCCCACCCCAAUCCAUGCUGAAGCUGGCACUCAGCUAUCUGGUCUGCCCCAGUCCUCUGUUCUCUUGAAAGUUCUGAUGCUAUGGCACAGCUCCUAGAAGUGUUCUUUCACCAGCACCCUUUGGCCUAUCCUUUAAAACACAAAUUACAGCAGCAGUUUUAAACUAAAUCAGUUUAAAAACAGGAUACAGACCCCAGGAUGCACUAAUCAGGUCAAAGUUGAUUCCUAUGGGUUUAGCCUAUGCCUGUUCAUUUUCUUACACAAGUUGAACAGAAACAAAUGAAGUUUAAACUGCUUUAAAACUAUCCAUACACAAAUUGUCUUGAGUUAACUAAACUAGCAUCAAAUCCCUCCCUGGAGUCAAACCACUGAAAUCCUGUAUAUAAUAUAAACCAGGCCUCUCAAAGACAGGAGCACUACCCUUGUCCUGUACUUGGUCUCAGCCUUACUGGCCUCCAUUCAGCAAAUGUGUGGCACAGCCAAGACUCUAAAGACGGUUGCAAAUUCUCUCCUUGAUCCCAAAUCUCAUACCUUCCCCCACCCAUUCUAAGCCUGCUCAGUCAAAUUGCUCUUCCUGUGUCAGGCAGUUUGCAACCAACAGAGAACUUCUUCCAGUGGACUUCUUCCACUGAUGAUAACCUAGGGCUAUUCCUGCCCUAGAGCAUCAUCACUGAUCAACCAGGGUCACCUGCAUCCACCAGCUUCCUUUGUUGACUGGGGAAGAACAGUUUGAAGCUUGAAGACUUUAAGCCAAGGGAAUGGAAUUCAUCCCCUUGUUGAUUUCCUGUCAUGUGAAAAUAUGCCUAAUGACAAAUACAUUAAAAUAGUGCUUGAUGAGGAA